UCAGUUGUUGACCGGACGUCCUCUCGGGAGUGCCGUCACUGUGGAGCUACUUACGGUAUAAAGCAACUGUCACGACCGCUGCGUUAGUUUCUGCUGAGGACGCCGCGCCGGCCGGUAGUCGCCAUCCACUCUGAAUAGAUCCGCCGCCAUGCCGCCCGCCGCCCCGGACGUCCUGCUGGACAACGGCGUCAAGAAGCAGCCCAACGGAGAGGACUUGGCCAACCACGGGCGCCCCACGGCAGAGAACUUCGCCGUCCUCAACCAAGGCGACGAGGAUGAAAUCGAGGUGUACGGCUACACCCGCUGCUGGCUGCGCACCAGCCUGACCUGGGCCUUCGUCAUCCUCACGCUGGGGCUGCUGCGCCUUCUGCUGCACUGGUACCCGCACUGGCUGCUGCAAGCCACGCACCGGCCCUGCACGCUGGACAAGGCCGAGAAGCUCCUCGUCGUGGACUGCUACCAAAACAAGCACAAGUCGUUCUUCGUCAAGAACAUCGAGACGUUCGACCUCGCCGACAAAAGCAAACCGGAGGACCCCGUGCCAACCCUCGGCGCGACGCGGGUGUGGCUGGACGACGGCACGACCAGAGACGUGUCCCGCGUGCGAUGGGUGCGUGUCAAGAGACUGCGCUACGUGUGGGACGACAGGAACCAGCGCUUCUGCCGUCUGGCCGGCCUGGACGGCAUGGACGCCGCCGACAUCCACGCCACUGCCAACGCGCCGCUCAACGCGCAGCAGCAGGCCACGAGGCGCCUGCUGUACGGCUCCAACAACAUGGAGAUCCACGUGCAGACCGUGCUCACCCUAGUGGUGCUGGAGCUGCUCAACCCGUUCUACGUCUUCCAAGUCUUCUCCCUGGCCGUCUGGUUCGCCGAGAAGUACUACUACUACACCAUCGCCAUCGUCGUCAUGAGCACCUUCGGCAUCACGUUCACCGUGCGCCAGACUAGGAGGAACCAGCUGUCGCUGCACAGCACGGUGCACUCCUCGGACGUGGUGACGGUGAGCCGCGGCAACGGCGAGUUCGCCGACGUGAGCACCACGGAGCUGGUGCCCGGGGACGUGAUCGUGAUCCCCCAGCACGGCUGCACGCUGCACUGCGACGCCGUGCUGCUCAACGGCAACUGCAUCGUCAACGAGACCAUGCUGACCGGCGAGAGCGUGCCGGUGACCAAGACGCCGCUGGGCCGCGUGGCCGGGGUGGCGUACGACGCCAAGGAGGACGCGCGCCACACGCUGUUCGGCGGCACCACGGUCAUCCAGACGCGCUUCUACGGCGAGCACAAGGUGCUGGCGGUGGUGGUGCGCACCGGCUUCCUCACGACGCGCGGCGCGCUCGUUCGCUCCAUCCUGUACCCGCCGCCCGCCGACUUCCGCUUCGAGCGCGACUCGUACAAGUUCAUCGGCAUCCUGGCCGUGAUAGCGUUCGCCGGGCUCGUCUACACCUGCAUCGCCAAGGGCACGCGCGGCGUCAGCCCGGGCGACAUCGCGCAGAAGGCGCUGGACCUCAUCACCAUCGUGAUCCCACCCGCGCUGCCGUCGGCGCUCAGCGUGGGCAAGCUGUGCGCGCAGAACCGCCUGCAGAAGCUCAACAUCUUCUGCGUCAACUCGCGGGUCAUCAACGUGGCCGGGUCGCUGGACUGCGUCUGCUUCGACAAGACCGGGACGCUGACGGAGGACGGACUGGACCUGUGGGGCGUGGUGCCGGUGGACGGCGGCGUGCUGGCCGACCCCGUCGCCGACCCGCGCGAGCUGCCGGACACGCAUCCGCUGCUGUGCGCCAUGGCGGCCUGCCACUCCCUCACCAGGAUCGACGGCGAGCUGGCCGGGGACCCGCUCGACGUCAAGAUGUUCGAGUCGACGGGGUGGGAGCUGGAGGAGCCCGACGUGCCGGACACCAUCAAGUUCGACCUGCUGGUGCCGUCGCUGGUGCGGCCGCCGAAGCAGCAGCAGCAGGCCGUCGAGGAGGUUGACGGCGUGCCGUACGAGAUCGGCCUGGUGCACCAGUACCAGUUCUCGUCCACGCUGCAGCGCAUGAGCGUCGUCACCAGGCAGCUGGGCGUAUCCGACCUCGUGCUGUACUGCAAGGGCUCGCCCGAGACCAUCGCCUCGCUCUGCGUGCCGGAGACAGUUCCCGCGGGGCUGGCGGAGCGCCUGAGCGCGCUGGCCAGCCAGGGCUACCGCGUGCUGGCGGCCGGCCGGCGCGUCGUCCCCGCCGCCUCGCUGCCCCGCCUGCUGCGCCAGCCGCGCGCCGACAUGGAGAAGGACCUGCACUUCGCCGGCCUCAUCGUCAUGGAGAACCGCCUCAAGCCGCAGACCGAGGGCGUCAUCCGGCAGCUGCAGGAGGCCAACAUCAAGGUCGUCAUGAUCACGGGCGACAAUGUGCAGACCGCCGUGUCCGUGGCGCGCGAGUGCGGCAUGGUGACGCCGCGGCAGCGCGUCGUGGCCGUGGACGUGGUGCCCGGCGACAAGGACGGCCCGCCCAAGGUCGUGUACUCCACGGCCAGCCCGGCCUCGCCGUCCUUCACCAAGCUGCACAUGGCACCCAGCAAGGCCAGCAGGGCCGGCAAGGCCGGCAAGCCCUCGAGCCUCGCGAAGGUGGAGGCCGGCGCCCUGCCCGCCCUGCACGAGGCGCCCUACGUGUUCGCCGUGACGGGCCGCACCUGGGCCGCCCUGCGCGAGCACUUCCCCCUGCUGCUGCCGCGCAUCUGCGUCCGCGGCGCCGUCUUCGCGCGGAUGUCCUCCGACCAGAAGCAGCAGCUCGUCAACGAGCUGCAGGACCUCGGCUACUACGUGGGCAUGUGCGGCGACGGCGCCAACGACUGCGGCGCCCUCAAGGCGGCCCACACUGGAAUCUCGCUGUCGGACACGGAGUCGUCCGUGGCCGCGCCGCUCACCGCCAAGGAGCCGCACAUCGGCUGCGUGCCGCACGUGAUCCGGGAGGGCCGCGCCGCGCUCGCCACCUCCACGGGCAUCUUCAAGUUCAUGGUGGCCUACUCCCUCACGGAGUUCACCUCCGCCAUCGUGCUGUACGGCAUGGACUCGAACCUGACCAGCCUGCAGUUCCUGUUCAUCGACGUGUGCCUGGUCAUGAACAUCGCCUUCCUGUUCAGCAAGACGGACUCGCACCAGGGCACGCUGUCGCGCCACGCGCCGCAGACGUCCCUGCUCUCCCUCAGCCCCCUGCUGUCCCUCGUGCUGCUGAUGGCCGCCAACAUCGCGUUCCAGGCGGCCGGCUACCACCUGGUCAGCCAGUUCCCCUGGUACACGCCCUUCAAGCCCACCUCCAGCACCGACUACACGAGCAUGGAGAACUUCGGCGUGUUCUGCGUGUCGAUGUUCCAGUACAUCGCCAUGGCCGUGGUGUACUCGCAGGGCGCGCCGUACCGCGCGUCCAUCCUGACGAACCGCUGGUUCACGGCGUCGCUGCUGCUCAUGGUGGCCGUGUGCGCGUACAUCACGCUGUACCCGGCGGGCUGGAUCCUGACGGCGCUGGAGCUGAUGCUGCCGCCGAUGGACUUCCGCGUGAUGGUGCUGGCGCUGGCGGCGGCCAACGCGGCCGUGUGCCUGUUCUUCGAGCGCGCCGUCAUCCAGUGGUUCGUGGAGCACAAGCUGCGCUACUGCUGCCACGACGCGUCCAAGUCGCGCCAGAAGUUCCUGGUGGUCGGCAAGGACCUCGUCGACGAGGAGCCGUCCUGGCCGCCGCUGGACGACCGGCGCGUCCCCACGGCCGCGGCGCCCGUCCCCGCGCACGCCAACAACGGCAUGACCCUGCUCGUGGCCCGCGCCGCCAACCUGGUGCCCGCCACGCCCGAGGACCCCGUGCCCCCCAGGCUGCUGGCCAGCGUGCCGCAGCGGCCGCACGGCGCGGCCAAGACGACCGCUGCCAACGGCCGCCUGGCCGUGCCAGCGCCGUCGGCCGUGCCCACCAUCUCGCAGGCCGUGAGCGACCUGGAUCGGGAGCGCGCCGAGGUGACCAAGCUGUGAGGCGACGUCAGGCGACGUCCGCGUGCGCCCGCGACGCGACAACCAUUUCCCGGUGCUGGGCCUCGUAAACGGUGAUAGUGACAAGCGCGAAACGCGCCAGGCUCGCGCGACCAAACGAUCGGAUUCGAUUAAAAUAAAGCCACCGGGCGUCUGGCCGCGACUCUCCCAAGCGAGACAUCGAAAUUCCAGUGGUUCGUUAAUUUACGGUGUGGACGCCUGCUGCCGUUCGGCGUGCGUUGCUGCAACGGGAUGCAACCGCACGGCCCGGCACGGCCGUGACGCUAGCGUGACGUCACCGUGACGUCACCGUGUCGCGGCCACUGCGGCCACUGCAGCCGGCGGCGGCGGUGUCGCCUUUCGAAAGAAUGUGAGUCCACUGCCAUUCCGGGGAGACCGGGCAUUGGCACCUCCCAGAGAUAGUCAAGGACAGUGUGAUAUCGAAGUGAGUUAAAACGACGCCGCGUUGAAUGGCGCCAUGUGCUCCGGACCCCGACUUAGCUGGUUGCGCGCCCUGACUGAACAAUCAUGAGUGAUGAACGAGCCCUUCGAAAUGAAGGACAAUACUGUUAAUGAAUAUUCUAGAGUAAGAAACAAGGAGCAAAAUAAUAUUGGAUGCUCUAAAAGGUCCCUUUUUGGGGGGCCCUCCCCCUGUUGUGAUUUGAGGCAAACAUGUGAUGUUAGUGAAAUGUCCAUUUCUGGACCAUUUCUAGUUGGUUUGUAGUUUGUACCUGAAUCUGAAGACGAACCGCGUGCGAGCGGAGUGGAUGGUGAUUUUGACGGUGUGCCUCACGGACGCAGCACUCGUCUGUGAACGGAAACGGAAGUAAAGACAUCUCUUUUAUAGUAUUUAGUGUGAACAACCACCAUUGAUCAAGUAUUAAAUACCAUUAUUAUUAAUAUAUAUUACUAUUUUUAUGUACAUGAGGACACUAAUUAUUUUUUACAGCGCUAAAUAUUUGUAAAUAAACUUGUAUACAUCACACGCAGA